AUGGAGAUACUCACUGACGAUGCCGACUACGAUGGCUGGAAACGUCUAGGAAAGUACCACGUCCAUCCGACUUUGGAAAUGAUGAUGCAUAGAAUGGACUCCGGACUAGUGUCGGACGCAACUUUUGGAACUCUUUUCUUGGGACUUGGUCGUCCUGGCGGUGGAUUGAGAAGAGCACCCGAUCCCACUUGUCUCAAGGCAGCAUCGGUGCCAAUGCUCGCUCGGUCUUGCGAGAUUCAUCGAAACCUUCUUCUCGCUCCGACUUGGCAUUCACGAAGCCGUCAAGUUCAUCGCACCUGUUGGAAACGCUUUUGGGCAACACUCCUAAUGGGCUUUUUCGUGUCCAUCACCGAGCGAACGUGCCCAGGCAUCGAAGAGGAUGCUUUGGCAACAGUCAAUUUGUCCGAUGCUGUUCCAGUCUGA